AUGAUGUCCAAGGAGGACGAAGAAUCCUUCGAGGCCGGUUUGAGCAAGGUGGAUGAGGUAAUGGGAAUACUCAGCCUAAUGACCAGCGGCGACAAAACGAAGGAACAAAUGGGUGUUGCUUUCGCCGACCAAUUUCUCGGCACCGAUAACCGCAGCAAACAGAUGGAACAAACGAACGUGGAGAACUUUAUCGUGCGCGUCAACCAGGAGCGAACCGUCAUCAACCGGCAGGCGGACGAGCCAUCCCUCGAGCAACCGAUGACACAGGACAAGUACGCAUUCAUGGCCGAAAUCGAGCGGGACGCGGCGCGUCGGGCAGCGGAACGACGAGAGCGUGAACAGGUGGCCCAAGGGUUACGGCGCUCCGGCAAUCGAGCGUUCCGACGGGGCGAGUACGAGAAAGCAAUCAACAUGUACUCGAAGGCGAUCGAUCAGAUUCGGGACAGCCCGAUACUGUACAACAACCGGGCACUCGCCUACAUCCGGAUCGGGUUACCCAAGCGUGCGAUUAUCGAUUGCGACUUUGUGUUGAGCAAGCUGGACGAGAAGAAUCUACGCUCGUGGAUCUUCCGGGCGCAGGGUUACUACGCGUUAGCCGAGACAAAGGCGUACGAGAAGAGUGUGGCGGAGGCGCGCAAGCACAACCCACGGGAGCUCGGCUACAUCGAUCGGAUUGUGAGGGAAAUCGAGGGCAAGGUGGGGACGGCGGUGCUCGCGGAAAUGGGAGCGGGUGACCACCAGACAGCGGAAGAUGAGCAGGCAGUUCGUGACGGAUCGCCAUCCGGAGGGGCCAUUGGGGACGGUCUUGAUGUUGGGGUGCGAGGAUUUGAUCGUGCUCUACCAAUGGACGAUGUGCAAUCAACUUCAUCCGGCGAACAUUCAGAAAGUUAA